CGCCAGUUGUUGUUUGCGUUUUCUCAUUUCUGUUUGUUUCAUAAGUUUUCCGUUGAUUCACUUUUGUUUUCUGAUUUACAGCAUAAAGUUUUGCCGAAUGAGAUAAAGCAAAACUUUUAUUUAUUUUUUUAAAAUUUUACCAAAUCUUAUUUGCCAGAGGUGACUGAGCAUGGAUCUGAAGUCCGGAUCAAGUGUACUGGAAAAGCAAGCAGCUGCGUUGAAGCGCAUGCUGACCAUCUCCACGGGAAGUGGGACGAAAUCUCAUGCAGCUGCUCCGGAGCCGUCUUGGAAGAUUCUGGUGUACGACAAUGCAGGGAAGGAUAUCAUUUCGCCCAUCCUUUCUGUUCGAGAUCUGCAGGACCUGGGCGUCACUUUGCACCUGAAUUUGUUGUCGGAGCGGGAUGCCAUUCCUGACGUAUCCGCGGUGUACUUUGUUAUGCCGACAUCGGACAACGUUCGCAAAAUAUGCGAGGAUAUUCGCAACCAAAUGUACGAUACAUAUCAUUUGAACUUCAUUUCUCCCAUUCCGAGAGAACUGCUGGAAUUGAUCGCUGGCGCUGCCGUUGACGGGAAUUGUGUGUCGCAGGUUGCGAAGGUGUACGAUCAAUAUGGCAAUUUUAUCAGUCUGGAUGACGACUUAUACGUGCUGAAGAAGAAAGCCAAUGAAUUAUCAUAUUUUGCUUUGAAUAGUAACGAAAUAAAGGAUACUGAGAUGAGUUUGCUGAUUGAUGGCAUCGUCGAUGGACUGUUCUCGGUUUUUGUGACAAUGGGUGUCGUGCCUAUCAUACGAGCUCCACGCAACAAUGCUGCCGCCAUGGUAGCCGAACGCCUGGACCAGAAGAUUAGGGAAAAUCUCCGUGAUCCCCGGAACAAUCUUUUCACAGCUGAAAAUGCUCAACAUGGUCAAUUUAGUUUUCACCGACCUCUGCUCAUCGUGAUUGAUCGAAAUGUGGAUAUUGCAACCCCAUUGCAUCAUUCUUGGACAUAUCAGGCUUUGGUGCACGACAUUUUGGAUUACCAGCUGAACUGCGUUACCCUGGACGAUGCAAAACCUGCUGAGAUUAUCAAAAACAAAAGGAAACCGAAAUCGUAUGAUUUGGGCUCUCGUGAUAAAUUUUGGCAGACACAAAAGGGCAGUCCUUUUCCAGCUGUAGCUCAAGCCGUUCAAGAGGAAUUAGAAAAAUAUAAAAGCUCCGAGGAAGAUGUGUUGCGGUUAAAGCACGAAAUGGGUCUUGAUAAUGAAACAGAUGAGACGGUGUUUCUUCUGUCCGAUAAUACCGCCAAACUGACGUCCGCUGUAACAUCGCUACCUGAACUACUUGAGCGGAAAAAGAACAUCAAUCUCCAUACUGAACUGGCCACUGCUCUGCUGGAAAGAAUUAAGAUGAGAAAGCUCGAUAUACUGUUCGAAAUGGAGGAAAAACUUAUGGCCAGACGUACUACAGAUGAAUCUUUCGUGGAAUUACUUUCCGAUCCUCUUGCCGGAACCCCCGAGGAUAAGAUGCGCCUUUUUUUGAUCGCCUACGUCUGUGGUCCCACAAUGUCUGACGCAUUGGUGAAGCAGUGUACAGAUCUACUAGAGAAAAACGGCUGUGAUAUGCUCCCGUUCCAUUAUAUUCGUCAGUGGAAAACCUUCAGUAAAGUUGCUGUCGCAACGCAAGUCCAGUAUGGAGGCGGGGGCACAACUUCUGUCCAAAUGUUUUCGAAAUUGAUGUCUCAAGGCUCACAGUUCGUGAUGGAAGGUGUGAAGAAUUUUGUAGUGAAAAAGCACGAUCUUCCUAUAACACGUAUAGUGGAUGCCCUCUUAGAGCGGAAAUCGUUGCCGGAAGUGGAAGACUAUCAGUAUUUAGACCCGAAAGCGAUAAGAGCACCCGAUCCAUCUACACUCGCCAAGAAUCGGCAGAACUUCCCGGAAGCGUUUGUUUUUGUUGUUGGCGGAGGAAGUUUCGUAGAAUAUCAGAAUCUGGUUGACUAUAAAAAUAAAUCCCAGAGUACAGCAAAAAGGAUAACGUACGGUUGUACGGAAUUGAUGAACGCUUCAAUUUUUCUUAAUCAGCUCUCCGCCUUGGGAAAACAAAAGCACUGAAGCAGUGCAAAGGGAACGUUUAUCUAUCUGAAUUCUAAAACUAUUUUUCGUAUUUUUCUUGCAAUUUUAUCUUGACUUUGUACCCGGUUUUACAAGAGAAUAAAGUAUACUUCGAUGUCG